AUGGACGUCACUCAGCCUAUCAACCCGCCCAAGGUCCCAUAUCUCCAUCUGGAUCAGGGCCAAGGAGGACUCUACACCUUUCCUCACGACGCCAAAGCCAGCACAACAACAAACGCUUCAAAACUGCACUGGAUCGGCACUUCCGACUGCUACACCUGCGUGUGCGUUUACAUUCCACUCGGUGUUGAUGGCGACAAUUACAACCAAUGCUUCGUUGCUCACAUCGAUGGCCACAUGGGACCUCCCACCGACAUAAUGGACUGGAUUCCUCAGACGCCUGAGGAAGGAGCAGCACUCAAAGUCUACGUCAAGGAAAGACUCGCCAAUGAAUUACCUUUGCCCGCCAAUGGACAAUAUACCGACAAUCUACGCCGCAAGCAAGCCAUCAUCGUCUGUCCUCGUCCCAAGAUUCACAUUCACGGGAACGGGGAAAGGCGGACGACUGGUGGCUUUAUCGUCGAAGCCAUCCGCGAGUUCUUCUCCUUCGAGGAGAAGGACGCUCUCGGAACUCAUUUCGCCCACGGCUUCGUCGUCAACCCUCGGACGAAUGAGAAGGAGAUUUUGACGUGGAAGAAUCCCAACGUGCAGGAGGAUGAUCUGCAUCACUGGGACAAGAUCGCUCACGAGAAGAUUCUCGCAGGUGGUUCGAGAGAGGAAGCUAAGCAGCACUCCAAGUUGUGGGCGACGAAGUCUCCGGAGGAACAUGGCUACGAGAGCUGCAGCAUUGAGCAGAAACCAUGGACCUGGACCCUGCAGUAUGAUCGGGUGAAGCAGAGCUGGGGUGCUUAUGUCAAAGAUUCUACUGUUUGA